UCAAAAUAAAUUCGAUACGAACGUGGAAAGUAAGCAAAUGGAACAAAGAAGCAUAAAAUUUUAGAAUAUAAUAUUAAAAUGAAUUGUACGGAAUCUUACAACGCUAAUCAUUUGAACAAUAAUCAUAAUAUUGGAUUCGACAGGGAAGAAGACAUUUAUGAUGAUAAUGAAGCUGAAGGACACAGCAAUGACGACGAGAACACCAACUCCGAACUAUUUAUCCGUCUGACAGAUAUGGUUCGUAAGCAUUACUGUAAUUAUUUGGAAAAGCAACUGAUAGAAAAUAUACAUGCUUGGCGCGCAAACAUAACUGAAAAGUAUGAUGCGGUUUCUAACUCUGAGCUUCCGAUUGAGAAGGCGGCCUUGCAGGAGUGUUGUCGUAUGCUGGAGGAUAGGGCAUUAAAGUCUUGUAUGCAUGCACGCCGCUAUCAACGCACUAUGCUAAAGAUUAUAGCUGAAGUUCGCCGCAAUACACAAGAAAAUCGUUUGGAGGGUAAAUUAACAAAAUUUAUUGAUGCAAAUGAAGACACUUGGCUAUUAUGCAGUCGUAAGGCAAAAGCGACACAAACGGACGAAAGCAUGUUUUUAUUUGAUUAUGAUCCUAAAAGUUCAACAACAGAAGCUCCGAACAAUAUUUGUAGUACCCCUUCUGGUUUAUCGUUGGAACAAAAAAUCGAAAUGUUUCAAAAUCGUCUCAAUCAAGAAACUGUAGCUAAAGUGGCUGCCACACAUAAGAUGUGCAGACCAAAAACAUCGCGACGCACGCCACUUAAACUUUCAAAAAACCAUCGCUCAACUCAGAGCAGCUAUAAUAAAAUAUCACUUGACAUUAGCGGCCGUGAGCAAAAUCAGAAGAGUUUGGGCGAAGGCUCAAAAUUAAAAUUGACUAGAGACAAUUCAAAAAUGACACAUGAUACAAGUCCGACAAAGCUUAAGGAGGUGAUUGAAAUGAGUAUAUGUUCUAUAACAAACAAUUGCACGCCGACAAUGCAAUUAAAUGCUGAUAGCAUUGGACUAGAACAAGAUGACGAAAUCGCUAAGGAAUUAGACCAACUAUUUAGCGAGGAAAAGUCAGAGUUAGAGGAAUUACUGGGUCUCAAUUCGAAUUCAGAAGUGGAUGAUCCACAAGUACGCAGUGUAUUGGAAGAGAUUAAAAGUGCAACGUUAGGUCACGAUUUAAAACAAAAUUCUAAUGAACAUCAGCAAACUAUAAAUUCUCCUUCGGAUAAUGAAGCAUCGCCAAUUAACGUGGAUAGUUCGCCGCAGCAACACGUAUCCUUACCAUGUCAUACUGAACGACCAGUUUCAAAUAUGCGGCACAGUUUAUGGCCUUGUGAAUUGUAUAUGCAACGGCGUCGUUUAUCGGAGUCAUUGAGUCGAUUACUUGAAGAAGAUUUUCGGUGGCAUGAUCUCAUUAAAUGGAAAUUUCAAAAAAUUUUUGGUGACGAUAGCGAUGACGAAUUCGCGACGUGCAGUCCAUCGAUUGAACUAAACGAAGUGCUCAUAUGCAGUUGCAUUCGUCGUAUCUCGCCAUGGAUGGUGAAACAUUUAAUGAAACCAAUGCGUGCUGGUCUCAUAUCCAACCGGUUUUUAUUUAAAAAACUGGCAAAACGUUUGGCGCAUUCAAUAGUUUUGGAAAAUCAAUACCCAGAUGAACGUUUUAUUAAACAAGCUGUUGAGGAGUACUUUUGCUUGCAUCAGGCUGUCGUCAAUAUGGAGGAUUUGGCCACUAUGCCCAGUCUAAACACAAUCAAUGAUAAUUUAAGUUAUUAGAAUAUAUUAAUAACAAAAUCACACAAUGAGAACUAUCUGUUCUUGAUCCUUGCUGCAAAAAUAACAUCUUGAGUUAUCCCUCCCUAUAUUAUUUCCUUUUAAAUGAAGCGUAUUGAAUAUACAAAUAAAUAAAUAUAGUACGAAAUUUCCG